CACGGCGCAUGUCCGCAGCGGGACCGUCACGUUGCAUAGUUCGGUCCAAUCAACAGAAACUUUCCUAACAGAGAAUUGUAAGAUGGCGACCGCCGAACCGGAAACUAACCCAAGUCCUUCCCAGCCUGAUGAAGAUGGAGCUGAGCAGACCGGACAGGAGAUUGUGAGCCCAGAGGCCUACAUCAAACACCCGCUCCAGAACAGAUGGUCUCUGUGGUUCUUCAAGAAUGACAAGAGCAAAACAUGGCAGGCCAACCUGCGACUCAUCUCUAAAUUUGACACAGUUGAAGAUUUCUGGGAUGGCAUUGAACCCAUGUGGGAGGAUGAGAGGAACAAGCGUGGCGGGCGCUGGCUAGUUACACUCAACAAGCAGCAGAGGAGAUUAGACCUGGACCGCUACUGGCUGGAAACUCUGCUGUGCUUAGUUGGAGAGGCCUUUGACGACUACAGCGACGAUGUCUGCGGAGCCGUGGUCAACGUCCGCACAAAAGGGGAUAAAAUAGCCGUCUGGACGUCAGACUACGAGAACCGCGAAGCUGUAACGCACAUAGGGAGAGUUUACAAGGAACGCUUGGGGCUUCCCGUGAAGAUGACUAUUGGUUACCAGUCUCAUGCAGACACCGCUACCAAAAGCGGUUCAACCACCAAGAACAAAUUUGUUGUUUGAGAAAGCCCUUAUGUGCCUCUUUUCAUUAUCUUGUCUUAUUUUGUUGUUGGUGCACAUGUUUACUUUGCUGCAAAAGACUCUGCGGAAUGCAAUCUGGAAGGAAAUAAAGAGUUCAUGCCAAAUGUUGCCAUAACCUGCCCAGGAACUUAUACCACAGGAAAAAAGAAAUGCAAUGGAAAACAGAUGAAUGCAAAAACUUCCACAAACACUAAUAAUGAGAGGUAUUAAUAGUGGAUGUCAUUUAGAGUGCUUCAUUUUGUACUAAACAAAAUCGUUCUGAUUUUAUAUUUUUAUUUUGCGAAUGGCAGGGAAUCAGAAAAUGUAUAUUUCUCACCCGUUUUACAGCAUCGUUGGUUUGGCUGUAAUCCUUAUUGACAUUAAACUCUUUUAAUUUAUUAUAUUAAUUUGCUUGCAUAUUAUUAGAAUGUUAGACCUUCGUUUUAUGCUUCUUCUUUUUUUUUUUGCCUUGAGCCAUUGCACGUAAUCAACCUUUUUAAAGUGUUUCAUGACAUAUAUUCAUUUGAGUGUUAAUAUAAUUAAAACAUUGGUUUUGCAAUUA